UGUAUAGUCAUACUGUCAUAGUGUGGAAAAUGUGCGACCAGUAAAUAUCGAAAUAUAUCUCAAUUCUCAAGUUUUUUACGAUCAAGUAAUUUUGGCAGUCGUUUAAAUUGUAUUUGAAUUUAUUUAAAGAUACGUAUCUAAAAAUGUACAACACUGCUAAUUUAUAAAACGCAUUUGUGUCUCGCUGUCUGAUAUAAGCUAGUAGCUUAUCUCUCCUUUGAUUAUUUUUGGCUAAAAUCUAUUGAAAAAUGUCAGUAAAAAGAGCAGCAACCACAGAACUUAAUCAUGAUAAUUGGGAUCAGGAAGAUUCUAAUGAACCCGAAGACACAGAGGGAUUUAAAAUGGCACCAAAAGAAGUUUUGGAGAAACGCGUAAUACGAACUGCUAAGAGGCGGUCGAAUAUUGGAAAUAAUGAAGGUCAAAAAAGUGUAUUUAGUGGAUUUGGUGGCUUCAAUAAAACUCAAAAGACUUCAUUUGAUUUUUUGGCCAACUUAACAAAUGGAAAUAAAGCCAAUACAUCUUUAUCAAGUCCAAGUGUUACUGAAGGAUCUUCUUCUCUCUUUUCAUCGAAACCUUUCACAACCAGUGCUAGCUCUUCGGGAUUUACUGCUUUAGGAUCUUCAGCACCAGUGACAUCAUCAACAAACCAGUCAUCUCUAUUUGGCAAAUCAACAACAACUAGUCCUACAGGAAUUAAAUUCCCACAAACCGACACUAAAUUGGAUUCUAAAGAAGCCCAAAGUGAAAGUCCCUUUAAAAUUCAAACUACCUCAACUCCUCUGAGCACUUUCAGUUUCGCUUCAAAAAGCAGCCCCACUCCUGCUCCAAAAAGCAGUCCUUCUUCUGCUCCUACGGCAAAUGUAUCCAGUAAUGUAUUCACUUCUUCAUCUUCAUCACCAUUUAAAAUGUCUUCAACUGGUCCAAACUUUAAUAUGCCAACAGCUAAAAAGGAUAAACCAAUUGAAAACAAAAUUUCACCAGAGAAGAAAGAUUCACGAGAAACAAAAGAAUCAGGUGGGGAUAAAGAUGAAAUUGAUGAAAGAAAAUUAAAUUAUUAUAAAAAUAUUCAAGGACUGAAUGUAUCAGUAUCAGAAUGGAUUGAAAAACAUGUUAAAGAAACUCCUAUAUGUAUUCUGUCACCAAUAUUUAAGGAUUAUGAAAAGCAUUUGAAAGAUAUUCAAGAUGAAUACUUUAAUAAUAAAGAAUCAAAGUCUGGUGGUGAAAAGGGUGAUUUUAAACAAAAUGUUAAUAGUGAAAAAAAAUCUACUCCUACUGGAUCAAGCUUAUUUUCAAGCACAUCAACUACUAAUAGAAAUACAUUAGUAACAGAAAAAACAAGUAACAUAUUUGGAACUCCUACAUCAAAUAAUAAACAAGACACAACUACAGGAACCACUGGUUUCUCUUUUGGGAUUGCUUCAAAAACUCCAACGGCAACAACUACAAGUGGCUUCUCUUUGGGAAAUGUUUCAACAACUACAAGUGGCUUCUCUUUGGGAAAUGUUUCAACAACUACAAGUGGCUUCUCUUUUGGAAAUGUUUCAAAAACUCCAACAACAACAACUACAAGUGGUUUCUCUUUGGGAAAUGUUUCAAAAACUUCAACAACAACAACUACAAGUGGUUUCUCUUUGGGAAAUGUUUCAAAAACUUCAACAACAACAACUACAAGUGGUUUCUCUUUGGGAAAUGUUUCAAAAACUCCAACAACAACAACUAUAAGUGGUUUCUCUUUGGGAAAUGUUUCAAAAACUCUAACAACAACAACUACAAGUGGUUUCUCUUUGGGAAAUGUUUCAAAAACUCCAACAACAACUUCUACUUCCAACACAGACCAAACUCCCAAAAAAAGUACUGGCUUUUCAUUUGGAACUAACUCGACAACAAUUUCUACCCCUGGUCUGCCUGCAAUAACUACAACUAAAACUGGUUUUAGUUUUGGAAUGAAUUCAACAUCCCAAUCAUCUAGUUUGUUUUCGGGAACUUCUACAGGAACAAUUACCAAUGGUAAUUCAACAUUUUCUUUUGGUGCUGGAAAACCGUUCAGUUUUAAUUCAAACAUUCAAAAGAAAGAAGAAGAAACUACUCAAAGCAACAACAAUGAAGAUGAAGAUCAACCACCCAAAGUAGAAUUUACUCCCUUGGUUGAAGAGAACAGUGUCUUUGACAAGAAAUGUAAAGUAUUUUUUAAGAAAGAUGGCAACUUUGUUGAUAAAGGUGUAUGCACACUGUACAUAAAGAAAAUAGAAGAAAGUGGGAAACAUCAACUGUUAGUGAGAGCAAACACAACCUUGGGGACAGUUCUGCUGAAUAUGAUACUUAGUGCAUCAAUUCCUACUCAGCGUAUGGGAAAAAAUAAUGUUAUGCUUGUUUGCAUACCAACCCCUGAUGCAAAACCACCUCCAACCCCAGUCCUUAUUAGAGUUAAGACAUCUGAAGAAGCUGAUGAUUUAUUGGAAAUAUUGAAUAAAUAUAAAAUGUGAAAAUACAUAAUUUAUUGUAUCUCUCAGUUUAAAUUUCAGUUUUGUUGAAAUUUUUUACAUUCCUCCAUGUAAGCAAUAGUUUUACUAUACCAUGCCAGUCAUGUUAAUUUUUUAAUAUAUUUGGAUAUAAAUGAGUAAUCAUUAUGAAUCAUUGUAAUAAAAAUUACAAUGAUUAAAAAAAUUUAAAUCCAUCAUGUUCUAAAAUUUUAGAACAUUUUAGGUAUCUAUUGAUUAAAAAAAUGAUGAAAAUAAAAUAAUAAUUUUGUUGA